AUGGCAGACGAGACAUCCCCCAAGCCGUCCUCCGGCCGACAGUCGCCAAUCGAGACGGCACCUACCCAACCGCUGAUCGCCGCAGACAGCCCACCCACAGAGGGCGAUAACCGAGACGACUCGGCGUUUCUACUUGAUGAAGACAAUGCCAGCUCCACAGCUUCGAUAUCCUCGAGCAUUCUCGAGUACCGCACCAUUCACGGCAGGACCUUUCACAGCGAGAAGCACAACACGCAGUACUUUACCCCCAACGAUGAGAAGCAGAAUGAGUCCCUAGACAUUGUGCACCACUACCUCACGCUUCUUCUUGAUGGGAAACUCCAUCUUGCCCCGCUCAAGGAGAAUAUUCAGAAAGUGCUCGAUGUGGGUUGUGGAAAUGGAAUAUGGGCAAUCGAUUUCGGUGAUGCCCACCCCAACGCCGAGGUAACAGGUAUCGAUUUAUCGCCCAUGCAGCCAACUUGGGUUCCACCCAACGUUAAGUUCUUUGUCGAUGAUGCAACUCAGUCUUGGACCUGGCCCGACAACUCCUUCGACUACGUCCACAUCCGUUUCCUCAACGGAGCUCUCAAGGACUGGCCCGCCUUGUUCCGUGAAGCUUACCGCGUCUGCAAGCCUGGCGGCUAUGUUGAAUCGGGCGAAUUUGACCCUCGUUACUACUGCGACGACGGCACCGCUGCGGAUGAAGAUACGAUCAAGGUGUGGAACUCUGUCUUUGAAGAGGGUGGCAAGAAGCUCGGCCACAGCUUUACUGUUAUUGAGGAUGGUCUCCAAGAGACGGGUAUUAGAGAAGCAGGGUUUGAGGACAUCAAGGCGUUCCCAUUCAAGGCCCCUGUUGGCGGAUGGACUCUUGAUAAGAAGCUCGCCGAGAUCGGCCGCUUCACGCAACUGACGCUUGAGAAUGACAUGGAAGGCUACACCCUUUUUCUCUGGACGAGCAUCCUGGGAUGGCCCCAGGACGAGUACCAGGUCUUCCUAGCCAAGAUGCGCCGCAUCAUGCGCAACACCAAGUCGAUUCACAUUUACUGCAAGUACAAGUACGUGUACGGCCGGAAGCCAGAGACGGAGUAA